CCUCAUUCUCCUCGUCGCCGAUUUUGCUGCACAGCGCAUUGGCCUGCGACUGCGUGCCUGCAAGUGACACUCUCGACUUGCUCGCAGCCAUGACGCCCGCCGAUGCCCCUCCACCUGCGCCAGCCGCAGCGGCGUCGAGCAGCAGCGAGGCGCCGCCGCCGCCGGCUGGCGUCUCCAGCGCCGCAGCCAUCGCCGCCGAGGCCGCCGCCGCACUGGCGCUCGUCGCCUCGCAUCUGCGCGCCUCUGAGCUGCCCAAGCUGGCGCUGGCGGCGCGCGCCGUCGAGCUCGGCGCAGCGGCAGAGGCGCGCGAGGGGCAGGGCGAGCAGGAGCAGGGCGCCGACGUGCGCGUGCUGGCGCUCGUCAGCAAUGUCGAGAGCGGGCGCGAGGAGAGUGCACUGCUGCUGCUCCGGCCGCGCCGCCGCAACGCCAGCCGCGCGACGUGCGAGGCCGUGCUGGCCAUCCUGCCGACGCUGCGCCUCGCCUGCGUGCGCUACAGCGCCGCCGCCAGCGCGCUGGACAUCGAGGCGCUGCUGGCCCGCGGCAUCGAGCUGCCGCCCCGGGAGGAUGCAGAAGAGGACGAGUGGCUGCUGGCGGCGGCGAGCGGUGCACAGUGGCUUGUGUUCCGCUCAAGAGACACGCAAGGCGUGCGUGACCUGCUCACGCUGCUCCAGGGCCACAAGGAGAGCAGUGCCUCUCCGUCGGCGUCGACUUCGCCGCCGCGGUCGACGCAUGCAUGGCUCGCAGCCUACCACGACGACGUGCUGCCGGCCUCUGCGCCGCCGCUCUUCUCGCGCUUCGCAUCGCAGCCGCCGCUGCCGCCACGGCCUCCGCGCUCCUCUUCGCCGCCGCCCGAUGAGCUGCGUCUCGCGGUAGGCACGUACAACGCCGCCGGCCUCGGCCCGCUCCACUCGCCUGGCGCACGGCAUGCGCGGGCAUGCUGGCUGGCGCGCGCCGCGCGCUCGGCUGAUCUGGUCGUCGUUGCGCUGCAGGAAGGCGAGAUUUCUCAGACGGCGUACCUGUACCACUCGCCUGGCAUCAAGGAGGCGUGGGCUGCGGAGCUGGCGCUGGCGCUCGGCGAGGAGGCGCCGGACUUUGAUCUCGUCGUGGCAGAGCAAUACGCGCAUCUCUUCCUCUUCGUCUUCCUGCGCCGCCCGUCCACGAGCGAUGCUGCCGCCACAGCACACCCCGCCGCCGAACAGCUGCUGCGCGCACCGCCCGCGACUGCUUCGAUCGGCGUCGGGCUCGGCGGCUGGCUCGCCAACAAGGGCGCAAUCGGCGCCAGCCUGCGUCUGUCUCUGUCAGGGGCAGCCGACAGCGAGAAGCAGGGAGCGACGAAGCGCACCGAGAUCAGCGUCGCGAUCGUCGCGACGCAUCUGCCUGCGUUCGAGGGAGCGCCGGCAAGAGAGGCGAGGCGAGAGGCUUGGCGCGAGAUUGAGCGGAGGUUGCAAUUCCCUGCGUUCGCUGCGCAUGGAGCACACAUUGCGCCUUCUGCGGCUGGCGAGGUCAGGCCUGAGGUCGGCAUCAUGGAGCACGACCUGGUGGUCGUGGCCGGCGACGUCAAUUCUCGGCUAGCGCUCAACAAUGCAGAAGUGCGGCGUGUGUUGCGGCGCGAGGCACGCUCGCCGUCUGCGGCCGUCGCCGCCGGGGCCUCCAAUGCCCCCGCGGCCCCGGAGAAGCAGGAUGCACGGGCGACGUACGAAGAGACGCUGCUCCACUUCGACGAGCUGCGGCAGGAGAUGAAGGACGGCGGCGCGUGGCAUGGAUGGCAGGAGAUGCGCAUCGACUUUGAGCCGACGUAUAAGUAUGACUUGGAGAGCGACACGUUCGACAGCAGCGUCAAACAGCGCACGCCUGCCUGGACAGACCGCGUGCUGUGGCGCAUGCCGACGAGGUCCAGCGCUGCGGCGCUGCAGGUGCGCGGUGUCGAGUACGCCUCCGAGCCGGCGCUGCAGACGUCGGAUCAUCGCCCAGUGCGCGCUACGUUGGCGCUGCGCUCCGGCGCAAGAAAUUAGACUGUCUGCCGGCCAACUGUCUGUCUGUGCGCUAUGAGGACAGGUCCAGGGAAGCUAUUCGUCUUACAACGUGCAGCUCUCCAACAAGAUCGUCAGCCACGACGGCGGGACCGGCGGCGGGCCUCGUGCUUGCUCGUUUGCAAUGCCGUGGAUUUCAAACGCAGUGUCAAGCCCAACAACCAUGAAGUUUGACAUGAAUGUGGU